GGAACGGGUAGGACCCCAUCCGUCGUGCCAUCAGGUCGCACCAAAAAAAUAAAUCGCAGUUUUCCAGGCCGGCGAGCCUUCGAAUCUCAACGAUUUCACACCCAAUCCCCGCCAACCGCUGCCAAACAAUUCACUCCUCUCCCAACCCCGCUGCUCUUAAACCUUCUUCCAUUUUUUUUUUUGGCUAGGGCUUAAACCUUCUUCCUUCAUCCAUCCUCCCUCCUCGCCAUCCCAUGGCAAACCCUGGUCGCUGCCGCAGGUGCUGCCGCUUCGCCGUCUGCUCGCCGACGGCGGCCAUUCUCCUCAUCCUCAUCUCCGCCGUUCCCCUCGCCCUCAUCGCCUCCCUGGAGCGCUCCCCCUCCAUCAGGUAUCACAGCCGUGGAUGGCUCCGCGAGUGCGCCAAGUGGGAUGCGCUCGGCCGCCGCUUCCUCGUCUCCACCCUCUUCGACGGCGUCGUCGCCGAGAUCCCCGUUCCCGAGGCUGCGGAAGCAGGCCCCUUGGAGGAGCGGACGGUGGUCGCCGACGGCGACGUGGCCGGGAACGCGUCGCUGGGGAUCGCGGUGGAUAGGGCGAGGCGGCGGCUCCUUGUGGUCUACGCCGACGCGCGGCGGUUCCGGUUCUCAGCCGUCGCCGCCUACGACCUGGACUCGUGGGACCGACUCUUCCUCGCCCGGCUCAGCGGACCCGGUGAUGAAGACUCAUUUGCAGAUGAUGUAGCUGUGGAUGAGGAAGGGAAUGCUUAUGUUACUGAUGCCAAAGCAAAUAAGAUAUGGAAGGUGGGCUUGAAUGGUGAAUUGCUUUCGGUUAUAAGAAGUGAAGUAUUUAUUCAAAGGAAGGAAUGGUACUACAACUUUGUCGGACUCAAUGGGAUUGUGUACCAUCCCAAUGGAUAUCUGUUAGUUAUUCACACUGCCAGUGGCUAUCUUUUCAAGAUGGAUCCGGUGAAGGAGGAGGUGAGUGUUGUUAAAGUUGCAGGCUCGCUGCUCAUGGGUGAUGGUAUGGAUUUUCUCUCACCAACUAAACUGGUCAUAGCUGGCUCCCUGUCUACUAAACUGGUUGAGAGCUCUGAUGAUUGGAAAACAGCCAAAGUCAUUGAGAAGUAUGUUGGUCCUCUGCAUCGGAUUGCCUCAUCAGCAACAGUGAAGGAUGGAAAGGUAUAUCUGAACCAUCUCCUUGGAGGAGGGCUCGCAAAGACGACGCAUGUCAUCGCAGAGGCAGUUUUUACGAGCACUAAAUGAGGGUGGUGUUUUCUGGUGCAUGAUUAACACUAUGAUUUGGUGGACAGGUUCACCACUCCAUGAAAGGGAAGAUCAUGUUCUCAAAUCCUGUUGUUAUAAUGGUUGUAAUAUCGCUUUACUGUUUCAAUUAUAAAAAAGAAAGGGAAUGAGAAACUUUUUUUGUUGAACCUAUAAAAAGGCAUUCUGUUCUUCA